AUGACUGCUUCCCUGGUAAAUGUGUCCGAGGGUCUGUUAACAUUCAAGGAUGUGGCUGUGGAGUUCUCAGUGGAGGAAUGGGAAUACCUCAGCUUUUCUCAGAAGUCAUUGUAUAGAGAGGUGAUGAUGGAGAAUUACAAUAAUCUAUCCUUUGUGGAGAAUCACCAUAAAUGUAAGAAAGUCUUGGAUCAAGGCAUGAAUCAUAUUGUCCACGAGCAUGUGGAUAUCUAUGAAAAGUCAUAUAAAUAUAAUGAGCGUGUCAAAAUUCUUCAUGAAUCAUCUCAUGGUACACAUUUUAAAACUAAACAUAAAGAUGCAUCUGUUAAAACAUCUAACCUAAACAGACAAAAAAUUGGGAAGACUGGAGAUGAACCUUAUAAAUUUAAAGACUGUGUAAUCUGUUUGAAUGUGUGUUCUAUCAUUAGACAGAAACAGAUAAUCCACAUAGGAGAGAAAGAACUGAAUACUACAGAGUGUGUAAAGCUCCAUGACUCUAAACAUAAACUCAUGCUUAAACAAACUAACAGUACUGGAAAGAAACCACAGAAUUUCAGGAAAUGUGGGAAAUGUUUCAAGAUAUACUCAAGCCUCAGUAGACAUCAGAAAGCUCAUAAUAGAGAGACAUCCUAUAAAUGUACAAAAUGUACUAAAUCCUUUCUGCAUUUGUCACAGCUCAAAGUACAUUUCAAAAUUCAUUAUGGACAAUAUCCUUACAAAUGUUCAGAAUGUGGUAAGUGCUUUUAUCAUACAUCAGGUUUUGAAAAACAUUACAGGAUCUACUCUGAAGCAAAUACUUACAAAGGCAGUAAUUGUGACAAAUCCUCUAUCUACUACUCAGGUCUCAGAAAACAGCAGAAAAUUCUUGGAGGAGAGAGGCCCUAUGAAUGUAAUCAAGGACUAAUGCCAUCCUGUACACUCUUUCAACCUGUAUACUAUUGUAGACCAUAUACAGAAGAGAAUCCUUACAAAUGUAGUGAAUGUGAGAAAUGCUUUACCCGGAAAUACCAUCUUACUGUUCAUCAGAGAAUUCAUACAGGAGAAAAACCUUACAAAUGUAGUGAAUGUGAGAAAUUCUUUACCAGGAAAUACCAUCUUACAGUUCAUCAGAGAAUGCAUACUGUAAAUAAACCUUACAAAUGUAGUGAAUGUGACAUGUCUUUUACCAAGAAAUACAAUCUUAGAAGUCAUUCAAGAUUUCAUACAGGAGAAAAACCUUACAGAUGUAGUGAAUGUGACAAAGGCUUUACCUACAAAGGUGCUCUUAGAAGACAUCAGAGAAUUCAUACAGNAUGUAGUGAAUGUGACAAAGGCUUUACCUACAAAGGUGCUCUUAGAAGACAUCAGAGAAUUCAUACAGGUGAGAAACCUUACAAUGAACGUGUCAAAUGCUUUACUGAGAGAGGCAAACUUAGAAGUCAUCAAAGAAUCCAUACAGGAGAGAAACCUUGCAGAUGCAGUAAAUGUGACAAAUCUGUUAGCCAGAAAUAAUACCUUAUGAUUCAUGAAAGAAUUCAUACAGGAGAGAAACCUUCCAAAUGUAGUGAAUGUGAUAAAUGCUUUUCCAGUAAACGCUUUCUUAGAAAUCAUCAGAAAAAUCAUACAGUAAAUAAACAUUAUGGAUGAGGUGAAUGGGACAAAUGCUUUAACCCAGAAAUCCUAUCUUACAUGUCAUCAAAGAAUCCAUACAGGAGAGAAACAUUUAUCAGAGACACAAGCAGUUGUUAG